AUGGCCAACCCCGCCAGGUUAAUUAAGUUAAUCAAUCGUCCUUUAUUACAGGCUGCUACUCUGUUUGUAUUAAUUCUUUUGCUUUUCUGGGCGCUACCACAUCCAUCGUAUACAGGAGCGAGUGCAAGCGAGCCCGGUGCAACCCUCCGCGAUCUAGAUGCAGUGAAAAAUGAGUCUCUUGGGUUCGAGAGGGUGUUCUUCAUCAACCUGCCGAACAGGCCGGACAAGCGCGAUUAUAUAACAUUGGCUUCCUCGAUCGUACAGUUUCAUCCGGAGCCCAUGAACGGGGUGUUUGCAAAGGAUAUUGACAAAAAAGCAUAUCCUUCAAAUUGGGACCCUGGCUAUUUACCAGGUGAGCUCGGGGGCUGGCGGGCGCAUAUGAAUGUCAUGCAAAGAAUAGUACAGGAUCGGGUCUCCACCGCAUUCGUCCUUGAGGAUGACGCGGACUGGGAUGUCAACUUAAAGAAACAGCUUCAAAGAUUUGCAUCCGCUUCGCAGAUAGUGCAAGGUGAUACUAGACCUAAACAUUCACCCUAUGGUGACACCUGGGACCUUCUCUGGAUAGGGCACUGCGGGAUAACAUUCAGGGCUGGUCCGAUCCAUGUGACAACUGAUGAUAUCACGGUCGUUCCAGUCCCUGAGCUACCGCCGUACUGGCGCGACCCUCCCGUGGGUGCUGACAAUGGCACCCGUUUGGUGGCAAGGGCAGAGGAGGGAGUAUGUUCUCUUGGAUACGCGGUUACCUAUCUUGGAGCCCAAAAGAUUCUUUCAGCUCUUUCCUUGACACCGGAGGGUGACGGUGCUCAGUUCGAUGUGGCAAUGAGUCGGUACUGCCAAAAAGGCUGGUUAAGGUGUAUUGCUCCCUUUCCAUCAUUAAUUGGAGCCUGGAAGGCGGCUGGGCCAAAGGCAAGGGGAUCGGACAUCCACAAUGACGAUGGUUGGAUAGAAAAGGAGAAACCAGUUGGAUCUAUAUACAGUACCAUGUACAAUGCUGGCCGCUUGUUGACCGGUGAACGUACAGUACAUGCAGUAUCGGACGACGCGCCGGCUUAUGAAAUAGACCCCACACAGUUGGAGUUACCGGAAGGGGCGUUGAAGAUGCUUGACAAUACCGGUAUACAUUAGAGUAUCA